AUGCGACAGGUUUUUCUAAUCUACUUACUGUGCGAAGCUAUUACAAAAAAUGAAGAGCAAAGUGUCAUUUUGCCGGUCUCAAUCCAGAUGCUGGAACAAGAUAUUACUCGGUGUUUGAUUGUAUUUUUAAAGCGUUAUGUGUUCGAGGCAUCUUGCGCUGUAAAACGUGAAGAUAAAGUUGGAAUUCCGAUGCACUUGAAGUUGAGCGAUAAUUCAUCAAAAUUUCCCCCUUUGUCGCCAACGACCAAGAAAAUCGAUUUCAAGACUGCCACCAUGCUCAAAAUAAAGGGGUGUGAGGAUGAAGAUACAGAAUCUUCCACGGAAACAGAAAGCGUGAGGAGUCCAUCAGUUGAGCCUGCAGAAUUUGUUUCAAAACACACCAUCCCAAAUUAUUCUGCGACAGUCGCUCGGGAAAUUAUUUAUUCGCAAAAUUGGAAUGCUUUAAAAGCUGAUAAUGAGACUACGUCAAAAAAAUACUGUCCACCAAGUCCUGUUUCUCGUAAAAGAAUCAGUGAUAAACUCGAUGUGGAAUCAAAAAUGGUUUCUUUAAAUACGGUUGACAAAAAGACCGAGAGAAGCGUUAUAUCUGUCAAUAUGCUUGCUGGUGACGAUAAAAAUUCGGACAAUUUACUCGUGUAUCCUAUGCCUGUUCCACGCAAAAAUGAUCUUGAUCACGAUUACGUUCAAACAACUUCUUCCGAAGGUAAAAAUCGCAAUCUUUCUAGUCAGCCCGUACAAUAUUUCAUUGAAGCAUUAAAAAAAGCAAAGUUAGUAAAAGAACUGGAAAAAGAAAAAUCAGUUGAUUCGGAGAGUUUGUCAAACGAACGACGUGAUGAAAAUACUGAUAGGGCAAAUUGGCGUGGUUCAAAGGUCGUUGCAACUGAUAUGAACAGUCUGGCUGUAGCUGAGGCUUCACGAGCCACUGCAGGUCAUGGAGAAAAAAGAGUUGAAGAAAUUGACACGAGCAAGAAAGCAUCUGCAGCUAAAGAGUGCAGUGCAGUUUUUGACAGUACCGAUAGUUAUGAAAAAUCGAGGGAAUCUUCCAUUGCACAUCUUAUCAGUGUGGAAGCUAGCAAGAAUUAUUUUGCUGACUUAGGGUCAAAAAUUAAUGUUCUUACACCGGAUGGCAAACAACCUUUUCAAUCAGAAUCUACUUUAGAAGCAAAACGUUCAGCAAUGCAGGAAGAACAGAAAUUAGUUUGCUCCUUUUAUAAUAAGACACAGAUAAUUCAAGCAAGCCUUGAAAAUCCUCCAUCAAAAGACUACUAUACGGAUGAGGAUCUAUACUUCAUGACUGAAGAUGAACAAAUUUUUGCGGCCUGUAAACGUAGUAUUGCUGAUCAGCUUCGGAAAGACAAUGAAACUUCUGCAACAAUAUCGCUAAAUAGUGAUGAAGAGAGAUCGCGUAUGCAAUGUGCACAUGAACUGAUGGACCAGAAAUUGUCUCCUAACAUUGACAAAGAUUUAGAAGUAGACGUCGAAGUGGUUGAAGAAACAGCAGACUACACACAGAAGUUUGAAAAACAAGAAAGCGAGCAAAGCGUAGAUAAACUAAUGAUCCAGAAAUCAUCAUCUGACACUAAUAUAAAUCUCAAUGUAGACAAAAUGGUUAUGGAAACAGGAGAUCAUCCGGAGAAUUUUAAACAACAGAAAGGUGAGAAUAUGAACAAGCUAUUUGAAUCGUUCGAAAACGCUGCACUGACUACUGACAUCAAUAAGUUAUUUGUGCCUGAGGAUCACAGUGAUAAACAGGAAAGGACUAAUGAACCCGAGUUUUGUCCCGAUUGUGAAUGGACAACUUCGAGAAAUACGGGUAGUACGGUUGAUGAGAAUACAAUGGAUGCAACAGAAAAGACAUCUUCACAGCCAACGUGUGACACGCAGUUCCUUGAAUCUUCAUCACCUAAUCUUCGUCGAUACUUGACUUACAGCAAUUAUCCUCUCCCUGCAACCACGUCUUUAUCACUUAAACAUCCGAAUGACGAUGAAGCUUCUAAAUUGCUGAUCAAAUCAUUGCCAUCUGCAAACAAUGAUUUGGACGUGGAAAGCAUUGGAAACUCGGACGACGAGUCAUCGCAGAGCAGUAUCAGUGAUGGUUUUUCUAACAAAGACGCAGAUGAAGUCUUCGAGGUAUUUGGUCCACAACCAAUUCCAUAUAUACCGUUAAGCUAUGACAAUCGACAAUCCAUUUCAGUAAUUAAUCAGUGUGCUAUUGCUUUCAAGUUACUCAAAACAGCGCCCAAUACAGUGAUUGAAUGGUUAUAUGUUCCCUCAUCUCUUAAGGUCCUAAUUGAUGUAACAUUGGUUCAAUGCCCAGUUAUAGAAAUGGACCUCUAUGACAGACCAAUUCAACUGGUUGAUAUCGAAGCGAUCUGUAACUGCCUUUUUCAGUCACUGGCUUAUUAUAUCGCUGGUAGUGAAAGAGAUUAUCAACUGCUUCGAAAUUCUAUUAUUCGCUUUGAGAUGGAUCAUCCAGUUGAAUUUGCUGCUAUAAAGGGUUGGACAAAGAACCAGUGGAUGUGUCAUAUAAGAUUGUUAACAGAAAUUGGGUUAGGAGCUGAUCUAGAACUUUACGCUUUCGCAACAAUGUUUGAUAUUGAUGUUUGGGUUUUUCAUAAGGGACAGUGGCAUUGUUAUAGACCAAGGUUCCAAAUGCUCGAAGGUAAAUCCCAAGAAAUAAGUGUUGGAAACUAUCGUAUUGGUGAAAACGAGGGUGUUUAUCUGAUGUAUGAAAAUUGUCUAUUUUCUCCGGUGCUCAUACCUUCGAAUGAAAUCUUCCUCAACAAACUUAUACCCACGAACUCAGAUGAUAGCAGCGAUAAUACUAAUUUUACGCAAGAUGUUCAGCCAAAGGAUGGAUUUUAUGACCAUAACGAUGACGUGUUUUUUGAUACAGUUACUACUACUCAAGAUGAAGUUCAUGACGAUAACGAUGACAUAUUUUCUGAUGCAGCUGCUACUAUUUAUGAUGAAGUUUAUGACGAUAACGAUGACGUGCUUUUUGAUACAGCUACUACUACUCACGAAGAUACCACGCAGGAGUCGUAUCGACUUAUAUCUGUUGUCAGUCAUUUGGGACAAACAACAGACAGGGGUCACUAUAUAUGUGAUGCUUGGUGCAAUAAAUCGAAAAGCUGGCUAUUCUGUAACGAUGAGUCAAUCAUACCUAUUGAUGAAAAAUCAGUGUUGGGCAGAUGCCGUACUGGAUACGUCUAUUUGUACCUUAAUAGGUGA